CGCGCGGUUGCUGCGGUGACGCGCGGGACAGGCCCCGGUGCCGGCGGCGCCGCUCCCGCCCCGCGAACUCGGAGCGCUCGCUGGCUGUCUUCUUUAACUGUAUUUUGGAUGGGAUUAUCUUUUACUUCAUUGCCAUCUAUAGAAACUGAUGAAUAUUUUUAGGAACGGUCACGAGCACUCAGCAAAGAAAUCUGCCACCUGCAAGUCUUUGUUAAAGCCAGCCUGUGGAGAUGGUGAUUCUGAAAAUACUCCUCCUGGAGAAGUUGAUACAUCUUUGCACUAAUUUUCUGAUUCAAGUGCUAAGGCUCCAUAUAUCACAAGAUGUCCUUCUGCCUGACGGAGAUGUUUCUGUGGUCUUUGAAGACCAACUUACAUAUUAGAGAUGAAGACAUUGGGAUCCACCAGUACUGUGACAAGAAACAACCAGCAUCACAGAUGAAGCACAGUUUUUUAGAAGAGAAGCAAAAGCUAGCAGAAUUUCGAGAUUAUCCUUGGAUCCUGAAAACCAAGCGAGCGGACAAACUGCGAGAUGCACUCAAGGAGGUAGAGGACUUACUGCAGAGCAGUCCAUGUGUGCUGAGCAAAUGGAGGAACAAACAUACCUGUCAGCUCCUCUUUCACUCAGGUAUUUUGGUGUCCCUAAGCCUUUCUGGGCCACAGCUGGAGAAGGUGGUGAUUGACAGGACCCUGGUGGGGAAGCUCAUCUCCGACACCAUCAGUGAUGCUGUUCUUACAGACAAUUUCAUCAUCUUGUCAUUUGAGGACCAUAACCAACUCUGCUUUAUUCAGUUUACAAAGACAAUGGAUUCUCCCGAUGUAAACAAAAGACUGGAAAAACUCUCUUGUUUGGACUCUAAGAUUUCUUAUGUUGAUAUACUUGGACCAGAAGGUAGAAGGAUGAAACGUCACCUGGCAAUAAACUGUAUGCAAGAUCUGGUCAUUUGCUGGUGGUCAGCAACCAGUGAUGGAGCAUGGCCUUGGUCUCCUAUUUCCUGUCAGAGGGACAGAGCCAACCUAUUGCUAUUAGGCUGUGCACAUGGCAAAUUGGAGGUGCUGAGUUACGUCCGCACGGAGUGGGAGCCCCUGGAUGCCAGGUUCAGCUGUGUGCAGCCCCAGCAGGUGCUGACGGUGGAGCGCUCGGUGUCCGCAGCCAAGGAGCCCAUGGCCGACAGCUGCGUCUACACGUGCGGCAGGAACCGCAUCCAGUGCGCCGCCGUCACCAGGGUCCCCCUGCGAGCCAGGGCCGUCAGCUGCUGCAGGGAUGUGACAGAAGACAAGCUGGUGCUGGGCUGUGAAGACUCCUCAGUAGUUCUGUACGAAGCCUACAGCCAAGUGACUCUGCUGGCCCAAGCAGAGCUGCUCCCUGCUGUAAUAACCUACCACCCGUCCGGAGCCGUGCUGGUGGUUGGCAGCUCUCAAGGGGAGCUGCAGCUUUUUGACACGGCGCUGUCCCCAAUUAAAAUUCAGCUCUUGGCACAGGAAUAUUCACCUGAGGCAACUUUGCAAUUCAGUAAACACUGUGACGUGCCCACCAGCCUCAUCCAGAUCCAGUGGGCUGCUCCUCCAGGUGCAUUUCCCAGUCCUGACAGCAUGGAUAGUCACGAUUGUUUGUUGGUUAGAUUUGAUAAAGGACCCUUGGGAGUGCUUCAUUUUAAACUUGGUGUUCUCACCAGAGGACAACUGGGCCUUGAGGAAAUCAUCCACCAGUACAUCCGUUAUGAUGAGAUACAGGAGGCAAUUAAUGUCCUGAGCACCAUGAACUGGAACACGAUGGGCCAGCGGUGCUUUAUCUGCCUGAGUGCCAUUUGCAACCACCUCCUUAAACAAAAGCUUACACCAGCCAGAGAAGCACAGCUUGAGGCAAGCCUUGGAACCUUUUAUGCUCCAACAAGGCCUCUCUUGGAUAGAACUGUGCUGGAGUACAGGGACCCCAUCAGCAGAUAUGCAAGAAGGUUCUUCCACCACCUGCUCAGGUAUCAGAGGUUUGAAAAAGCAUUUCUGCUUGCUGUUGACAUCGGUGCUCGGGACCUGUUCAUGGACAUCCAUUACCUUGCUCUAGAUAAGGGUGAAUUGGCCCUAGCUGAAGUGGCAAAGAGAAAGGCUAAUGACAUUGAUGCAGAAUCAAUAACUACUGGAAUUGAACUUCUGGGGCAGUCAGAUGAAGAAGACCCAUCUUGUGAAGCUUUCCCUGACCAGUCUCCAGAGCAGGGAGGAGGAUGCAACCCGCCUGCUCCCGGCCCUGCCGACAGACCGCCAGCGCCAAGCUGCUCCCACAGACCCACCAGCCACAGACAAGCAGAGGACACUGAGCCUGGAGCAAAUGGCCACACCACCUCCUUGAUCCAGAAAACCUUUUCCAGCAGCCAGGAAGGAGACUGGAGACAGCGGGUCUCUCCAAAUUGUGCAUUUUGGGCUGGUGUGACUGAGCUGCCCAGGCAGAGAAGAGGAAACCUCACCAAGGUGAUGAAGUUCACGGGAAGUCCUUUGGCAAAAUUCCAGCCAGCCCUGGGUCUGGCCACUGGCAGAUGACAAAACACCAGGCUUAGAAAAUAUCCUGUUCUUAGACCUCCAAAUUAUUUCUGAGUUCAUAUUGA